GUCUCUUCAGAACCAAUAUCCCACCAUCGAUCCAACCACCUUCGACCUCAUCGUCUGCGGCACCGGUCUACCUGAAUCCCUCCUCGCCGCCGCCUCCGCAUCUGCCGCCAAGUCUGUCCUCCACGUCGACCCCAACCCCUUCUACGGCUCCCACUUCACCUCUCUCUCUCUCGCCUCCCUUUCCUCCUUCCUCGAACUCCCCUCCUCGUCCCUCGACUCCUCCCCUCUCCCUUAUCCACCCACCGCCGCCGAAGACUCUUCGUCCUACGAAGCUGUCGAUCUCCGACGCCUCCGCCUCUACUCCGAUGUCGAGACUUCGGGCAACUUUCCUGAACCAUCUAAAGGCUUCCUCGUGGACCUCCCUGGACCGAGGAUCCUCUACUGCGCCGACGCCAUGGUGGAUCUGCUGCUGCGCUCGGGGGCCAGCCACCACGUCGAGUUCAAGAGCGUCGACGCCACCCUCAUCUUUUGGGAGGGCAAACUCUGCGCCGUGCCCGACUCGAGGCAGGCCAUCUUUAGGGACCGCACCCUGGGCCUCGCGGAGAAGAACCAGAUGAUGAAGUUCUUGAAGCUGGUCCAGGGCCACAUUGACUCCGAUCAAUGCGGCAACGGUGGCACAGCGGAGGAGGAUGGGCUCGUUAGGAUCCCGGCCGAUGACUUGGAGAUGCCCUUCGCUGACUUCCUUCGCAGCAAACGCCUCCCGCCAAAGAUCAGAGCGAUGAUUUUAUACGCAAUCACACUAGCAGAUUACGAUCAAGAAAAUGCAGAGUCAAGCAAAAAAUUGAUUGUGACAAAAGAUGGUAUAGAGAGUCUGGCUCUUUACACCAAAUCUGUUGCUAGGUUUCCUAAUGCACUAGGUGCAUUCAUCUAUCCUAUGUAUGGUCAUGGAGAACUACCUCAAGCUUUCUGCCGUUGUGCUGCAGUUAAAGGUGCUCUUUAUGUCUUGCAUAUGCCUGUGUGUGCACUUCUCUUUGAUAAGGAAACUGGAAAGUAUAAAGGUGUUAAAUUGGCAUCUGGUCAAGAUAUAUUCAGCCACCAGGUGGUAAUGGACCCAUCAUUUGAAGUUUCAUCCUCAAUCUCACCUCCAAAUGUUGCGUGUGAAGGGUUGAAUGCCUCAAGCCUUUCGGGGAGAGUUGCUAAAGGAGUUUGCAUUACUGGUAGCUCUAUAUUACCAGAUUCGUCAAAUGUUCUGGUGAUUUUCCCCCCAAAAUCAUUGUACUCAGAUCAGACAGCAACAAUUCAAGUGCUUCAGUUGAGCAGCAAUGUAGCAGUUUGUCCUCCAGGAUUGUUUGUAGUGUAUCUUUCUACACCUUGUGAUGAUGCCAUAUCAGGAAAGAAACAUAUAAAUGGAGCUAUGAAUGCUUUAUUCCAUAUAACAAAUGUGGACGGACCUGUUACCUGUCAUUUAUCUACUGAAGGCUCUGAAGGAGAAAACAAACCAGCUCUGAAGUGGAGCCUUGUCUAUGGUCAGGAGUUGAAGCAGGCUUCAUUUGGUGCUGUAUGUUCAUCUCCCAUGCCUGAUGAGAAUCUCGACUACAGAAACAUACUGGAGACAACAAAAAAGUUAUUUACCACCAUGUAUCCGGAGGAGGAAUUUUUUCGGAAGAUUCCUGCACCUGACAAUGCUGAAGAUGAUAGCAGCCUGCCGGAGUGAUUCUCCGCAUGGAUGUGCUACUGAUAUUAGUCCUCUGGAUACUCAUUGUAUUAAUGUAAGAUUACAAAAAGAAGUACCAAAUAAUUCAUCAGCGGUCAAAUAUUUUUUUGUGAUUUUGUAAAAUUAGCAGGGUGUGAACAUCUACCAAUCUCAUGGACGCGCCGCUGGUGCAAUUUUAAUUUGCCUCGUGAGCUGCUGAUGGUGAUUUGUGUUUUGUGGAGCUGCGCCAGAGAAAGUUGCAUCACUAGUGAUGCCUCCACAGUAUGUCGAACAAAGAAAGUGUUACAUGUGCUGCUGUUGUAAAAUGACUGUUGUCUUUCCAUAUUUUUCCUUCUUUUUAUUUAUGUUUGUGACACUUGUGAGGUAUUCUUUAGUAUUUUUUCUAAAAAGUUAUAAAAAAAAUUAUUACCAA